CCGACUCUCUCUCUGGAUAUAUAUCUCGGCGAAAAUGAUCCUUGAGAUCGCAAAUAAUAAGAAUAAGAACCCCUGGCUGGUAGGAAGUGGUGAUAUGAAGCCACGGCUGAAAUGGACUCCAGAACUUCACCAUAGAUUUGUUGAUGCAGUAUCUCAGCUUGGAGGUGCAAAACAAAGGCUCACUUAGUUCAUCAUGGAUCAUAAUAUUGGUGACAAUAUCAUGCACGUGCAGAGGCUACACCGAAUUCAUUGAUGAGAAAAAUGAACAUUCAGGGGAUUACUCUUUACCACCUGAAGAGCCAUUUGCAGCUCCAUGCUGCAGAAAUUUCGACUUGGGAAAGGCCAGAAUCCUCAGCCACACCAAGAUAGCAAGCAAGAAGAUUACAUAGAACAUCAGAGUCAAUCACCUGCAGACAACAGUGAUGAAGCCCAGGGUCAGAUGAAUGAGCAAUGGCCUAUAAACAGCUUCUUAGUCAGUGGGAAUUGGGUAAUGGAGUGUUUUGCAGGGGUAGUACAUUUCUCUUGAUAUGUAUUUGAGAUAUUAUAGAAGUUGAAGAAAUAACAUAAUAUGUGAUACCAAGCCCUUAUUAAUUUUUUAGUACCAAGAAAUAACAGUACUUUAAUCGUCCUCCUUUAUUAAUUUUUUAGUAACAUUUUAUAUAUACCAAGCCCUCCAAAGCCCCAAACCCCUUUACCUAAAAUACCCUUCAUAAUUUUAUAUUAGAAUGGAUUUGAAAUCUAGUCUACUAACACCUAUAUGGAUAAAAUUUCUGCUCUGAUAAUCUAUAAGCACCGAAACAGCUCAGGCUUUGCGAAUCCAAAUGGAGGUGCAUAGGAAACUGCAGGAACAAAUCGAGGUGCAAAGACAUAUCCAGCAGAGAAUUGAAGCCCAGGGGAAGUAUCUCCAGUCUGUUAUAAAGAUGGCACACGAGACACUUUCUGGAUGUGGUUCUUCUUCUGUAGAAGUGGAGCUUGCAAAAGCUGAAAUCUCUAAAUUGAAGUUAAUGGUUGAUAUGGAGUGCUUUAGCUGUUCAUCUUCAGGGUUGACCGAAAAAGAAUGUUCAGUAAGAAAAGACACAGAAUGUUUAGGAAGGAUGGAAUAUGAGCAAAAAGUGAUGGAAGAAGCUGGGAAGCAGGUGCCUGGAAAUUCUUCUGUGGAACUUCCAUUGAUGGAAAUGCAUCCAACCCAUGGAAAUAGAUUAAAUGGUCACACAAGUGGAAGAAAAAGAAGCCAAUGCACCAGUUCUGAUAAUAACUUAAUGAGAAACCAUGUGACCAAAUCUUCAAAGCCAGCACAUAUGACCAAAAUUUAAAAACAAUUGGAUUCUUGAAGAAUCUGGACUUGAAUAAGAAGUGCCUUAGAGACUUCGAUACCUGCCACCCUAAAGAUAUUGACUUGAACUGCAAUGGUAUGGAAAGGUUUAAUGGGUACAUAUAGACAUACAGUUUGAGUGUAAGCUUUGUAUCAUGUAAAGUGGCUGUGGGGAACAUCAUCAGCCAGAAGUGUUGUGUAUACAAAUCAGAUAAAAGUAAAUUAACGGUUAAAG